AAGACAUAUCACGCCUAAACAGACCUGAAUGCCUAUCGGAUACAUAUGUAUGUUACAUAUGUCAGGUUGCAUAUUAUAUUAGUAUUCACAACGUGUAGACGAAGGACUGGAGGAGUAUUACAUUACCCUGUUGAACUUCGACACCUGGCGUGCUUUUCAGGCCUCCUUGUAAGAUUUAGAAAGAGGCGAUGGCAGAGGGUAUCCGAGAUGUUUCAACCAUUUCCGACGAUCAUCGAAAUGAUUCUACUUGUGCCGAAGAGAACGGUCUCAUGAGUUGGUUUAAUCCCGUUGCGCUCUUCAAACUCUUCAGUACUUCUACUAGUUCUACAGCCAUUGAGAAUGAAAGAACGGACAACGGAGCUGUUUCAACGUCGGAUGACCACGGAUUACAGGAGAUGACGAAGGCACUUCACCAGGUUAGAACGUGCUGGAGUCAAUUGAUCUUUGAGACGCCAAAUGGCAAGGUCACCCUCAAGACCUCGCUCAUGGAACAACUUCAACCUAUGAGGCCAGAUGACAAAACAUAUCGUAAUGAUCUUGAGUUAACGGGGAUUACCCUUAUCAAUCUGAAGAACAGCUCCGAUCCCCUUUUCCAGUCACUAGAACGGAUGUUGUCAGAGGACCAGGAGUUUUUGACAGUGUUCGUGAAGGCUUUUCAUGCAACGCUUGAAUGGUCGAUCACGGAGUCCGACAUUAAUCUCCUGUACGUCGAGGUACUACGGAUAUUGAAUGAGAUCAAUGAGAAAAAUGGGUACCCGGUGUCUCGUCGCUUGUUCUGGCUCCAAGGCCUGGAAUCUAGUCCACAUUUACCGGUGACCUACACCAGUACGCCCGGAAUACCACGUCCGGAUCCAAGGCCUUCACGUUUGUUGACGUACCUUUUCUACUCAACGUCAGAACAAAAUGGAAGUACGUGUCUCUUGAAGCUGGUCUGAUCAAGGACCGAGAAAUGUUGAAUUCAGAAGAGAACGCUAUCAGGCGACAUAUCUAUGAGACGAUAUGUGCCG